AUGGCUUUUUGUUUGGGUAUUCAAUUUGCCUCAGCUUUCCGAGCAGAUGAGUUCCGCAAGUGUCAGUCCAGACUUGAUGUGGACAUUGGUCAUCUCACUUAUGAGAAAGCCUGCAAAGAACACAAGGUCAAACCCAGGAGACGUGUGCUGCAACAGUUGUGGAAAGACAGGCUUGACCUUCACCAUGCCGGACUGUCCACUCUGGAUGCCAAAGCUAUAGCAGCAGCAUUAAAUAUACUGCUGGAGCUAAGACCAACCCUUGCUCCACAGAGUGUGAUGUUACAUUUGGAGAAGGUGAACAGCCGCGUUGAGACAGUUGUCAUGUCUGACUGCCAUCUGGUCAGCGAAGCAUUGAGUGACAUCUUCAGCUGUUUACAUCAAAACUGUUUCAUUACAGAACUGGACAUGUCAGGCAGUGUUAUGGACCUGAGCGCCGCCACAGCUUGCGGGAACAUGUUGGCCGCUAACAAAUGGCUGAUGUCUUUAAAUCUGUCAAAUUGCAGUAUCGGGGACAAUGAAAUAGUGCCAAUAGCUCAUGGGAUUAAGGUUAGCCUUUCUCCGCCUGACUUCACACGCCGUGCUGUUUCUAACUUCGCCUCGUACUGGUCACAUUGCGAGGAAAAUCAAAAACUUGAAAACAUCAAUCUGAGUCAAAACAGCAUCAGUUUACCUGGAGGACUCGUCAUCGGAAGAGUUUUAGGACAGACAGCCAACCUCAAAGUCGUCAACUUAAGCUGGAAUCAUAUCCGUGGAGGCGGUGCCGUUGGUGUGUGCAACAGUCUGCUGACCAACAAAUCAAUUGAAGACUUAAACUUGUCUUGGAAUGGCAUUGGUUUCGAAGGCUGCCUUGCCCUUGGCGAGUCUCUGAGAGCCAACAGAACGCUAAGGCGGCUUAACUUAGAAAACAAUCGCAUCAACUGGGAUUGCGCCCCUUACAUCAGCAAAUCACUCAAUGUCAACACCACUUUAGAAAUUCUAGAGACAAUCAUUUAUUGGCCCUUUCUUUUCUGUCUAACAAGAUUAAAACAAGAUUUGUUUCAAACACAUUUUCAGUUGGGUUUGAACCCAAUCUCUAUGGAAGGAUGUGAAGAAAUUCUGACUGCUGUCUGUAAACUUUCCUCUAAAGUUCAGUACAUAAGUCUGGCAGGAAUCCCCAUCAAUACAAAAAUAGCCUUGAUCGCAACAGACAUUGCUAAACUCCGUCAGUUUAAUUUAAUUCACGGUGGCAUCUUUUCAUCUAAAGAUGUUCUCGGAAUACAAAGAGUCCAACAAGAAGACCCUUUCUCCCUCCUAGUCCGCUACAUGAGCACCAUGGGUAUCAGGGUGAUGGACCUGUUCCGAAUCUUUGACAAAGACAACAAACUCUGUGUCAGUCGAGAACGGUUUAUACAAGGCCUCAAGCGAGUGCGAGUUCCAUUGGACGACAAAGAUAUAAUGACAGUAGCGAAACGAUUGCAGUUAAACAAGCGUGGGAACAUCAGUUAUCAGGAAUUGGCGACUCUGGUUAGAAACCGCAUACGAGAGGACAGACUUGAGGACAAGAGGCAAGAAAUCAUACAACGGAAGAAACGAGAGGAGAGGAAGAGAAUCCUGCAAUCAGACAAGCCCCUCAACGCACCAUCCCACUUCAACUUCAUGCCCAACCUUUACAGCAUGUAUGACCCCAGUGAGCGUGACAGCCAGCAGAAUCUAUUUACACCCGGUUCAGCCAGUUUUAGCCGGGCAGGCUCCAUAUACACUCCUCUCCCCCCUAUUAAAGGUGGCAGAAGCUCGGCAACAGAUGAAGUCAGUAGGGGCAGAAAAACACCCAUGACACUGGUACGUCAAAAUGCUUCAUUACGAGGGGUGCAAAGUCCUUCAAUUAAAAGCAUUACGAAGAUGACCAACUAUUCUAGCUUUGAUAAACAGGAGCCUGAAGGGCUUCGGGGGGUGUCUUAUGUCAGUCAAAUAAAAUGGCACCAAGCGACACAUGAACUUUUAAAAAGAAGACAGUCAUUCUUAUAG